UCCAAUAGAAAGCACACAACUGCGCUAUUGGUGAGUCGUUUUGUGGGCGGAAGUUUAGGGUCGGCGAGUUUCCAAGUAUCCACUUCUUCCUUUGUCGCCGGACAUGGUGACGGCGCGAGUCAGAUCCGAUCCCAUCAACUCUCGUAUUCAUCGUUCUUAAUUUGGUCUUCGCUGCUACUUUUCGACUCCAUGGAACGCGCCAUCUUAGAUCUGCAGCAAGCGUCUCGGACUACUCCGCUUCCGAUCCCGCGAAGAGGCCAUUGCAUGGAGUGGACAAAACCGUACUGCUAGAAUUGGAGGUGUACUGAGGAGAUGAAGGAUCUAUCAUCGUGGGGUUUGAUUAUAGGGGUGACAAUAGGUGUGGUGAUUGGGGUGCUUCUGGCUGUAGGUGCUCUGUUCUGCAUCAGAUUCCGGAAGAAGCAUGCUCAGAUACGGCUCAGCAGCUCAAGGAGGGCAUCGACAAUUCCCAUGCGUGUCAAUGGUGUUGAUUCUUCUUCAGUGCUCUCGGACUCUACGAUGGAUCAGGAGUCCCCCAAGCAUCCUGAAACUGAAGCAGAUGGCUCAUCCUUUUGGAUUGAGGGAACUAAGAGGAAAAAUCUUGUGUCAGUUUCUGGGAUUCCCAAAUAUUUUUACAAGGAUUUGCAAAAGGCAACUCGUAACUUUACAACAUUGAUUGGUCAGGGGGCAUUUGGUCCUGUUUAUAAAGCUCAGAUGCCCACUGGUGAGACAGUCGCUGUUAAGGUUCUUGCUACUAAUUCUAAGCAAGGGGAGAAGGAAUUUCAGACUGAGGUUCUACUACUUGGGAGAUUGCAUCACAGAAAUCUGGUUAAUUUGGUUGGAUAUUGUGCUGAGAAAGGGCAGCAUAUAUUGAUAUAUGUCUAUAUGACUAAUGGGAGCCUUGCUUCCCAUUUGUACAGUGAAAAGCAUGAAGCAUUGAGAUGGGAUUUGAGGGUUAAUAUAGCUUUAGAUGUUGCAAGAGGCUUGGAAUAUUUACAUGAUGGUGUAAGAGAACAUAUAGGAUUUUUUAGUGAAAUGAUGAACAGGUUUAUGCUUCUUUUUUAUUUUGUAAAAUUAAUAGACAACUUGUGGUCAUUGAUCUUGCAGGCUGUCCCACCUAUAGUGCAUCGCGAUAUCAAGUCUGCAAACAUAUUGUUAGACCAUUCCAUGAGAGCUAGGGUUGCUGACUUUGGGCUCUCAAGAGAAGAAAUGGUCAGCCACCAGGCAUCCAAUAUCAGAGGAACUUUGGGGUACCUCGAUCCUGAGUAUGUUUCAUCAAGGUCAUUUACAAAGAAAAGUGAUGUUUAUAGCUUUGGAGUUCUGCUUUUUGAGUUGAUUGCAGCACGGAAUCCACAGCAGGGUCUUAUGGAAUAUGUUGAGCUUGCUGCAAUAAAUGCGGAAGGACGAGUGGGAUGGGAAGAAAUUGCAGAUCCCCAGCUAGAUGGGGUAUUCGACAUAUCCGAACUUAAUGAUGUUGCAGCACUUGCAUAUAAAUGCAUCAAUCGGCUCUCUAAAAAACGACCAUCCAUGAGAGUAGUAGUCCAAGCACUAUCCCAGAUUCUAAAAACCAGUCACAGAAAGCACCAUAGUAGGAGAUGGUUGCCCAUCACAGUGGAGGAAGAGUCCUUGGACAUAGAACUAUCUGAACAUCAGAGUUCAGUGUCCGGACAUCAGAGAGAGGAGUCCAUUGACAGUGUGUCUGAUCUGCCUGAUGUUUGAUACGCUUCAUACAUUUAUUUCAUUCCCUUUCCCUUUUGUUUGCUAAUUUGUUUGUAUUGAUAGUUUUGUGAAAUAUACAUGUUAGGUCAAAGAAAACAUGGAAAAGUUGUAAUUUCAAGAAUCAUGGCUUAGGGCUUAGUGCCCCAUCACUUCUAAUUCCCUUUGUAAUGUGGGCCUUUUUCUGCA